AUGGCCCGGAUCAAGGUGCACGAGCUGAGGGGGAAGAACAAGGCGGAGCUGCAGGGCCAGCUCAAGGACCUCAAGGCGGAGCUCUCCCUCCUCCGCGUCGCCAAGGUCACCGGCGGCGCCCCCAACAAGCUCUCCAAGAUCAAGGUGGUGCGCACCUCGAUUGCGAGGGUGCUCACGGUGAUCUCGCAGAAGCAGAAGUCGGCGCUGAGGGAGGCGUACAAGAACAAGCGUCUCCCGCUCGACCUCCGCCCCAAGAAGACCCGCGCCAUCCGCAGGCGUCUCACCAAGCACCAGCUCUCUUUGAAGACGGAGAGGGAGAAGAAGCGCGAGAAGUACUUCCCCAUGAGGAAGUAUGCUAUCAAGGCCUAG